AUGAUCAACAAGGAUUUUAUGUGCCCUCUUGAGCCAUUAGUGAUCAACAAGUAUUUCGUGUGCCCUCUUGAGCCAUUAGUGAUCAACAAGGAUUUCGUGUGCCCUUUUGAGCCAUUAGUGAUCAACAAGGAUUUCGUGUGCCCUCUUGAGCCAUUCAUGAUCAACAAGGAUUUUGUGUGCCCUCUUGAGCCAUUUGUGAUCAACAAGGAUUUCGUGUGCCCUCUUGAGCCAUUAGUGAUCAACAAGGAUUUCGCGUGCCCUUUUGAGCCAUUAGUGAUUAACAAGGAUUUUGUGUGCCCUCUUGAUCCAUUCGUGAUCAACAAGGAUUUUAUGUGCCCUCUUAAUCCAUUCGUGAUCAACAAGGAUUUUGAGUGUCCUCUUGAGCCAUCAAUAAAAACUGAAACCCUCUUGAGCCUUUUCCUUCUUGCCUCAUCAACGCAACUCCUCUUGACCCUCACAAUUUUUUUUUCAUGA